AUGGCCCUUAGGGGGUGCAAGCCUGAAACCCGGUUAAAUCUACCAUACCACGGUCAAGGAAGUUCCAGAUAAAAAAUCCUACCAGGAACAAUGGCUCCCCAGGAAAGUACCCCCGCACCCCGGAGUCUCUCGUCCCUGAGGAAGGCCUCGGAAAAAAAUGGAGAAACCUCGAAAUCGACAACAAAUGAAGAUCUACCCCCGCAGGGAGGUUGACGUUGCUUGAGAAAUAACCUCGGAAGGCUCUACCGAGUGGAGGCGCGACUCCUGGAGAUUUAUCAGGACAUCCCCCAGGACUCUCUCUGUCUCGCUGGGUGCUCGCCUUCGCGGUCGCGUCCACUCGCGAUUUCGAGGGUCGCGAAAUGCUGACGCGGCCGACGUGGCUGCGAAGUGGCCCAAGUCGAGUGAGGAUUCUCACUCAGUCUCGGGUGUGCUCCCCUUGGAAUGGAUGCCGAUCGUCGCCUCGAGGAGGACCGACGACCUCUUCUGGGUGUGGCGGAGGUGCUGGACGGGUUCCCAGGUCGAGGUGUCCGAGAAGCGGCCGUUGCCCAGGGUGUCGUCCGUUUCCUCGGCGAGUGGCCAGGACACGUGCAGGCGGCUUUGUCCGCUGCGUGUCUCCUCCUGGCGGCCCUCUUGCUGCUCGGCCUCGUCGUCCUCGCCCUGGCUGCACCGGGUCCGGGAGACGAGCGUGGGUGCAGACGCACGAGGGACCUCGGCGUCGGGGAUGGUCCUCUUAACGUUUACUUCCUGAAGCACGCCAACAGGACUUGGUCCAGGGAAGAGCUUUGUCGAGUCGAAACUGCGGCCAGACAUCAUCCGGACGCGAAGGUCUAUCUAAUCGGACUACAGGCUGAGGAGCCGUCCAGGAGACGCCCUAACCUGGGGAUCCUGUCGAACGACUCCUCGGAGGAGCGACUGAGAGUCGAACUGGCUCGCAGGAACCUCAACCUGGAGAAUCUGGAUCUCGUCCUAGAACGAUUCUUCCGAGGGUCCAAGCUCUCGGACUCCUGGAGGAACAUGAGCCUGGAGGACCUUGAGACGGCUGCAAGGGCCCACGUGCUCUGGAAUUCCCCGGGGAUCGCCCUGGACCCCGGGAUGUACUUCGGGCUGAAGCAUGCCAGGAGAUUCCUCUGCGAUGUCGACCCCUCUUCCGUGUCUCCCGUGGUCCAGGGCGAUCCCAGGGGAGCAGAGGACUGCAAACCCGACAAGAGAGCCACCAUAGGGUUAGGUGGAGAUCUUCAGGCCACGGGGGUUCCCUGUCAGGCUUUCCUAGGGUUCCUCAUCGGGGAGAUGUCCAAGACUCGAUCCGCGUCCGAGAAACCGUACACCCUUAAGCAAGCUGCUGAAGAGUUCUGCUCCAAGAUGGAACGUUGCCCUGAAGUCAGGAUGGUGGACCUAGGGCGAGAGAACACUUCGGAGGUCCUGUCGUGUCCUUCCAUUUUCCCGGAGAAGACGUCGACCGAUCUGAGCCUUGUCCAGCUGGAAAUCGGAUCGAGAGAGAAUCACCUUAUCACGACUCGAUAAACAUAAUCAAAUCGACGGUGACCUCGUGAAUCCACCGCUCGAUUUUUACUCGAGGCACUUCAAUCGUUUAUAAAAGACCGAAUGUAUAGACGUGUCGAAUAAACGGAAAACGGACUGCCAAAAA